CCGAACCCGUGGGCUCCUGAACGAUAAUCUCUACCUACAGAAGAACAAGAUUGCACGUUUGUUCGCUAUUGAUGAGCUGUACGGCAUCAUUUUCGGAGGUCUCGCUGUCGCGAUCACGUCUUGAGCAUUGUUGACAUUGAUUUUCGAUUCCUUACUACACCUACACCUGUCUCUCCCACCUCGCGGUCCAAAUCUCGCGGCCAAUCUUCGAUAUCCGCCACUACGUCAAUCCCGACAGACACCUCUUUCUUUGUAUUACUACAAUAGAUUUGGGAAAAGAACGAGACCUGAGCUCGACGCGCUUUAUCCCUUGCGCAACAACGACGACUGAACACAACGCUCUCGGUCAUCUUCAACCAACUAUCAAUCCGACGAAAGACCCGUCAGUCAGAGAAAACGAACUCGCAUGAUGGAUACCAGUUACCUCUCUUCGCAGGUCUCGACAAUCAUUGGCCAGCUCCACGGUCUCUUUGAUGAGAUAGGAGUUCCCAACCAUGAACGCGAAAGUCGAGAGUCGGAGUUGUUUUCUGCACUCUCCGAGACUCUGCACAACCAAGUACGGCUGGUCGCUGCCGAGAAGAAUGACUUGACAGAAGAAGCCCAACGUAUCAUAACCACAAUCAAGCAGAUGGAAGCUUCCCUUGACGAUAAUAAAUCACGGCACGAGUACGAGGCUGAAGACGCGAAUCUCAAGAUCACCUAUCCAUUAUUGCGAUGUGUACAAGGAUUGAAGGAGAAGCACCUCACGAUUUCCAAGUUACACAGAGAGAGAUUCGAACAAGUGAAGAAACUUGUCCAAGCCCUCGAAUCCUACUCGUCACACCUCGAACCAUCCUUCAUUAAAAUUACGCUUCCUCCCACCUCUCCAAACUCUACAAUCCCACCAACCUUCGACCUUUCCUCGAUUUACGUAACCGCCCUCGAUGAUGAAUUCACCCGAGUCUAUGAGGAAUAUACGCGUCGAGUUGCAACAGUGAAGGCAUUAUCUGAGCACAUCAUCCAACUUUGGGCCGAGCUUGGCACACCCCAGGCACAGACAGAUGGCACGAUUGUUAAAUACUACCGGGAUUCUCCUGAGCAAUUGGGUCUUCACGAGGAUGACAUUGCUAGACUGCGGUCGAAAAGAGAUAAGCUCGCAGACGAGAAGAAAUCACGUGAAAAGCGCCUAAAGGAUCUGAAAGCGACUGUGGGAGGUCUUUGGGAGCGAUUAGGUGUCGAGGAGCACGAGAGAAAGAAGUUCUGCAACAGCAAUCGAGGAUGUGGUGUUCGACAGAUCAACGAGUUUGAAGACGAAUUGUCCAGGCUGAAUGAGCUCAAGAGACAAAAUCUUCACCUAUUUGUGGAAGACGCUCGGUACAAGCUCCAAGAGCUUUGGGAUGGACUGUAUUUUUCAGAAGAAGAGAUGUUGGAAUUUACGCCGGCAUUUUCAGAUGUGUAUAGCGAUGCCUUACUCGAGGCGCAUGAACAGGAGAUCGGAAGACUGGAAGCUUUGAAGGAACAACGUGCUCCAACACUGGCACUCAUCGAUAAGCACAGAUCUCUUGUUAAGGAUCGUGAUGACCUGCAAGCUUCGAGUCAAGAUGCAUCUCGAUUACUGGGCCGCGGUCAAAAGGGUGAGAAGAGAGACCCAACACGUCUACUGAGGGAAGAGAAGAUGAGAAAGAGAAUCGCGAAGGACUUACCGAAGAUUGCUGUUGAUUUGAGAAAGGUCUUGGAGAAAUGGGAGGAUGAAUACGGUCGACCCUUCUUGGUUUGUGGGGAAAGAUAUUUGGAAACACUCGAAGCUUCUGAACCAAAACCUCUGCCUGGCCCACGAUCGAAAACACCCGCGGGACCGCCGCCAGCUGCUCCAAAGGCGCAAAAGUCGGCACCUCCAAGUCGCGCAAACAGUGUCAUGAAAGCUCCUCCACCAAGAACUGGUGCGAAGACUCCAACCGCUGGUGGAACUCUUAGACGCAACCCGAUGGCAGGCACUGGCGCCAAAUCCCCGUCGAAAAUUCCCGCAAGAGCACCACUUUCCAAUCUCAACCAUGGUGGCAAUUCCCCCGAGCGCCGUGCCCAAGAGACGAGUACUCUUCGAGGAAAGAUGGGACCACCACCAAGUAGAGCUCCUCCACCGAAGAUGCGGGAUCUUUUUGUACCACCAGCACCAACUCCAACACCGAAUUCACUGUAUCGUUCCGAGAGCGUAACCUCGAGUAUCGGUAGCGUUCGUCACGUAACACCUGAGGAUGCUUUCUACGAUGACGGGUACUCCAAAUCUCAGCGGAAUACUCGACCCCCAUCGUAUCAUGAAUUAAAAUCCUCCAUGCGCCAGAACGAGAGAGACACACACCCAUAUCCACAGGCACCCCCAAGCCGACAAAUCUCCAACACAUCGAACAACACAACCGUUUCUGGUUCAGAGAAUUGGCAAACAAUUGAGGACGACUCGGAACCUGAACAAGACGCAUCAGAUGCAUACUACGCAAAGCUCCGAGCUGCCCAUGGAAAGCGCUUCUCUCCCGAAGAUUAUGGGCAGGGAGGACAGCCCAAGAAGCAGAAGGGAUAUCCUCCUUAUGAGAGUCGAGCUGGUGUCACGGAAGCUCGUAUCGUAUCUGGAAGUGACGCAAAUUGGACGGACGAAGACGCCUUCUAGAUAAAUUCUGGACCCUUGGCAGUUCACGAUUGACUCAUUGUAGUCUACAAAUCUUGGCAGUGAUAUUAUCGCUGCUGCUCGUUCUUGCAAUAGAUGUCAUGAAGCUCACGACGAAUGCUUUCGACGACAUGACGGCCUGGAUAUUCAGCGACGAGCCAGUUUUACCUUUGACUUUUCAACACAAAAGUCGGUUCCCUUCUUGUAUUUGAUGUUGAAACCGAUCUCUUUCUUUUUCUGUUCGAUUACGUUACUUUGGAAAAGGGCCAGCAUGGUCUGGUUCCUUUGCGAUUACAUUACUUGGUUUUGUGUUGGAGUAAAAGGAUGGCCUGCAAAGGGAGGGGAUGUACCAUGGCGUUUUAUGAAUCAGGCAUUUGAUUGUUUGGGGUAUUUAAGGUAGAAUUGAAUGCAGAAGCACCAGCAUAGUCGUCUCACUUCUUUUCCCAAGAGUGUCGUUGAGAUAUUUAUGUGACAAAUCAGCGUAUCGCGUCACCGAGCCGACUUCCAUGCCAAGCGCACUUCAGAAAGGUGCAGCAGGCAUUGGGUUCAUAGUCAUCUUGGUUUCCACGCAUUUUCUCAUCGAUGAUCUUAUUGAAAGAGCAUAUGCUUACGGCGUGGCAUAGCAUGAGCAAUUUUCGCUUGUUUUCUCUUUCGCCGUUCUCCAGCAUUUGACUCAUUUCCAUCGCGGUAGUGGACUGUUAGAACGCUCGAGUCAUCGCAUCUCCACGCAUAAAAGUUACCAAAUCUGCCCACCUCCCAUUGCCAUUAAU